GCAGAGCGUGGAGUGGGCCAUGACCGUGAAAACUUGUGUACAAACAGUGAUUGCGCCGACGUCACCAAGAGCAGUAAUCCUGCCGGACAACAGCAGCGACUUCAGCGUCGCCGCCAGUAUACUCACGGCCGAGUGCAGCGCCCAAGAAGAAACUCCUGAAGGAGUGAACAGAGGGCCUUUGCCGCUCCCUCCGUCGCCCCCGCCGGCCUUGUCUCCGAGGCCUCAACCUCUCGCUCCCCCUUCCGAGUACAGACCUGCAGCCACGUUCGGGAUGGAGGGAUGGAUGACGAUGGAUGACCUGAGGGCUAAGGCAGAAGAGGAUCGCCUCAGGAAGCACAAAGAGAACAUCCCUGAGGACACCGCGCAGCGCAGCUUGGACACAGAAACCAGCGCGAGUUACGUACGCCUCCUCAGGAAUCACCGUUUGACGGACCCCUUCAUGCCCACCGCCGCCGCCCUCUCUGCUACGCCCAAGUACCCUUCGACCUCUUCCCCUACGCCCUCUCCUCCGACUCCCCUUGCCACCACGACUUCCCCUGCCUCGACGACCUUCCCUGCCUCGACGACCUUCCCUGCCUCGACGACCUUCCCUGCCUCGACGACCUUGCCUUCUUCGACCAACUCCCCUGCCACGACGACCUCUCAUGCAAAUGGCACUUCUGCUAGUUCCUCUGUUUUGGACGUCCCUGCCGUGGAUUCCUCUUCCUCCUUCCUUCCCUCCUCUACAUCGAAUUCCUCCUUCCUCCUCUCCUUCGCGACCCGAGACGACCCAGAUGUCCCUCCGUCGGCCUCGGCUCCGCGGGCGAUGUCAGAUACUUCAGAAGACUUGGAAUCCUCAGACUUCCCUUUUUCCUCGUCGACCUCUCCCCCAGCCGCGUCUCUUGCGCCGCCUUUCCUGUCCAUCUUCUCUUCGUUCUCCUCUUCCUUCGCUAAUGCCUCCACCUUGACUACUCCAUCCACACAUCGACCUGGUUCAUCCACGCUUUCAAGCUCGUCUACAUUCUACAUUGUCCGAUCUACUGUCUACCCCAUCUGCAUACUCCACUUCAUCUACUGUGUUUACUACUUCUACUUUGUAUAAUCUAGAUGCACCUAAAGCCUCAUUUGAUAUACCAAUGCAUUCCACCUUACCCACUAUUCCCGUAGCCUCCACUCCACCUACUCUUUCAACAUCUUCCACUUCCUCCACCCAGUCCACGCCCUCACCCCCUUCAGCCUCAGCCACACGGCCCAUUUCAUCCCAAUCGUCUACAACCUCCACCCCAUCCACACUCUCCACUCCACCCACCUCAUCCACACUCUCCACUCCACCCACCCCAUCCACACU